AUGUUGUCAAUCCUCAACAAUAAAAGUCUUUACUUGUGGAAUCCUAGUACUAUACUACUAAAGAAGUUGCCUGAAAUUGGUUUCUGGGAAGAUAGCUAUGUGUUUUAUGGAUUUGGCUAUGAUCAAUCCUAUGAUGAUUAUAAGGUUUUAAGAGGUGUUUGUUGUGAUGAAUAUUGGUUUAAUGAAGAGAAUUUCAUAUAUUCGCAUAGCAUAAAGAGAAAGGGGGUAAGAGUUUAUAGUAAAAGAAGUAAUUCUUGGAAAAGAAUUGGAAAUUGUCCUUAUAAUGAGGUUUUGCAAGUGGAUGGAGCUUAUGUUGAUGGAUUUUUCUAUUGGCUAGUGCUUGAGAAAAGGGGUAAGGAUCAAAUGUUAUGUAGAAGGAUUGGAUGCUUUGAUUUAGGAGAUGAAAAAUUCAAGAAUUUGGAACUACCUAAGUUUACUGGGCAUAUGCUACAUGUUGGGGUUUUAGAAAGGUUUCUUUGUUUGGUUUGUAAUCACUAUGAAUCUGGCCCUGGAGCAUGGACAAUAUGGGUGAUGAAAGAGCAUGGUAUCAUAAGUUCCUGGGCUAUAGUGGCCAACAUUCCAAUUCUAUUCAGAACUCCUUUUGUGGUUCCAUUGUCCAUUAACAAACAUGGAGAAGUUGUGUUGCAAAUGGGUCACAAGAAAGUUGUCAAGUUUAAUUCCAGGAAGAAUAAGUUUGACGUUCUUGUGCACAAGAAUUUUGAGAUCGAAACAGCUCUGUAUACUGAGAGCAAUCUGUCACCCUGCACUAAUCCCAAAAGAAAGGCAACCACCGAGGCCAGAGAGAUACUCAAGAGAGUGGAGUUGUAA